UAAGUCUAGGAAACACAGACAUAGAUCUAUAGUUCAGUGCUUUUGAAGAGCUCUUCUUUUACUACCAACGUACGCAUGCGUACAACCAAUGUUUACUUGGAAUCCAAGAUGGCUGGCAAAAAAGGGAAGCGAACGACUAAAGGAGAUACCCUGAAAAAAGUUGUGCCACCCACUGUAUUAAUUGCAUCGCUAUUUAAUGAAACAAUCCCAGCUGUAAUGACUCAAUCGAAAGCUGGUAAAAGUUCAAAAUCAAAAGCCCCCAAGACAGGCAUACCAGGCAUUUUGGGGAAGCCUACUUCUCCUAGAGAUGAGUUCAGCGAGCCAGAAAGCAGUUUGUUCGACUACCAGCAAAUGGAUGAGGCCGGGUAUUCAACUGUUGGUUUUGGCACAUGGCCAGCAAACAAAAGGCAGCAAAAAAAGGAUUCCAGGCCAGAUUUUCGACCCUCUGGACUUUAUUCUACCCCAGGUGACCUAGAGUUUUUAGGACAAGGUGACUCAAGCCAAAUUGGCAAUGUGUCUGACCUUUAUGCCACCCCAAUGAAGAAAAACAAAGGAAAAGGAAAAGGGAAGUCUACUCCUGUUGUUGAUGAGACUGACUCUAUGUCAAUGUCAAGGACACAGCAAGAUGUACAGACUGAACUGAAAAAGAUUUACAACAUGCCACCAGAGCCCAAUGACUUUAUGACAAAAGAUGUCCGCACCAAUUCGCCGCAGAUGUAUCCAGGAAGCACUCCAGCAGACAGUGGCCGUGGCUCAAGCAGACCACUCAGUGUAGAGGAAGGUGAGGGUGGGAGGAGCCCAGAGCUCAUUAGCAUAACUGACCCUGUGACAAGAAGCAGCAAGAAGGCAGUGCAAGGGUCAACAGUGAUGGAAUCUCAUCCUCAAGACAAAGUAGAUGCUAAGAAACCCAUCCUUCUGGAUAACAGCGUUGUGGAAGAGCUGAUUGUAGCCAGUAAAAAAGGUGGACAAUCUCUGCAGAGCAGGACUCCCAGAGGAAGUGAGAUGGAGGUUCUGGAACUUAAAGCUCACAAUGAAGAAUUGCUCUCUGAAAUUCAUUCUCUAAGAGAUGUGGCAGAGGCUAUAAGGGAUGGAAGUGUAGAUGGUGCCAAAGAGUUAUAUGUGCAGCGACAACUGAAAGAUGAAAACGAGACCCUGAAGUCUACAGUUCACCGCUUGAAUGUGUCACUCAGCGAGAUGGAAGCUAAAUAUAGACCUGUUGACAGUGCACAAGUUAAACAGGCUAUUGAAGUUCAUGGUCUUCCCCCACAAGGUCCUGUGCCAUCAUGGCUGAUUAGCACCAAAUACCUGGCUCCUUUAUUCCUGGCCUAUGAUGACCAACUGGAAGCUAAAGAUCAAGUUCUUAUUGAGUGCAAGAAAGAACUGGCAACCCUCAAGAAAAAAACUGAAGAAAUUCUGAAAGAAAAUGAGCGACUGAGGAUAUCAGGGGGUCCUGGAGACAGGUUAGAAUGGCAACAACUCCAGGAGCAGGCCAGGUCUGUCUUGGAAGAGAACCAGGUGCUACUGGAACAGCUGGAGGUGCAGGCCAACAAGUCUAGGGACAUCCAUAAUGCACACAUGGCUGAAAUUUCUAGAAUGUCAAGGAAAGUUUCUUUAAGUGAGGCUGAGAAAGCUGACACUGAACGCCAGCUUGAAGAGUUGAGGGUUCGAUUCCGUGAGCUCAAGCACAAGCAUGAUCAGAUGACCCUUGAACUGGGCUCACAAGUUAAUGUCCACACACACAUCAACACCAUAGCAGACCUUAAAAGAUGUUUGACUGAGGAGCAAGAAAAAUGUCAGAUUGAAAUUGAAGCAGUGAAUAUAAAACUAAAGGCCUCAGAAGAAGAAAGAAAGAGACAAGCUAUGCACAUCAUAGAACUGACAGCAGAGAAUAAAAGAUUAAAGAUAGAAAUGAAGGCCAUGCAGAAGUCAGUCAAACAAGCUCAACAGAAAAUGGCCGUCCUUCAUCAAGCUAUAGAACUGUCGGAUGACAAGGAGAAGAUAACUCAGGAGCAGUUGGCAAACGUGAUCAAAGUAGCAGAAAAAGUUGCUCUGGAGAGAGAUACUGUUUACAAAGUAGCCAGAGAGCAGCAGGAGGAAAACAAGCAGACGGUGAACAAAAUGAUGCAUGGAACUUUAACUGUUGGGAAAAUGGAAGAAAAACUUAAACUAUAUCGGCUAAAGGCAUCGGCUAAACUAAACACUAUUGCAGAAAGACUAAAAGAACAAGAUGAGGCUUUUAAUCAUCAGAAGAAAGAGUAUGAAAGAGAAAUUCACUAUCUUAGACUGUUGGUGAAAGAAAAAGAAGAAAUCAUUGAAUCUUUAGAAAAAGAUAAAAAAUUUGUAGAAAAAGAUUUAGAGUCAAUGUGGCAAGCUGCCAACUCUGAGAACAAACGGGUGAAAGAAAUACUUCUGUGUGGUUCCAGAAAGCUUUGUGACCAUAUACACCUAACAGAUGCACUCAAAGAUGAAAUAGAAAAAGAAGAACUGCUGCAUUUUUCAGAUGAUGACUCUGCUUAGCAGUGAGAAUAGGAAUAUUAUAUAGUUUUUGAAUCUAUUUUUAACCACAUUUUUUUUAGUGGUGGAAAAUGUAUAAAAAAUGAUCCAAUCCUGAAGCCAAACGAGUUAUUUAUUACCCAACUCCUAUCGAUGCUUGUAUAUUUUUUUGCUAAAUAGAAUUUGAUGCCCAUUUUAAAUAUAAAAUCCUAAAUAUAAAAAGGAAUAUUUAUGGAGGAGGAUCAUUUCACUCUGUACUUCAACAAUGGCUGCAUUGAACAAAAAUUGCACUAUUAGAUUUUUGCCUUAUUCUUUCCACAUAGGAGAUAAAGGCUUUACAACUCAGGGCCAAGUGCCUACUCAUGUGAUAUGUAUAUAAAAUGUUUUUAAAAUAUUUUUUGAAAACUUAAAAAUUGUGUACCACAAGUACUUGUGGCUGAAGAAUUUUUAUCUUAGUGACAGAAAAUACAAUUUUUAAAUAUUUUUUUUGCAAAUGUCUUUUAUUUUUUUUUACAAAGCUUAUAUCAACUCAUUCUGUCUGUCUGUCUUGUAUAAAGUUUGUUCACAUUAUUUCUCCCACACCCAAUCACAGAUCAGGUUGAAAUGUUGCACAAUUAUUUCUAGUACCCUGAAAAAUCAAGAAUCAGUUGUUUUUUUAAUUACCAGUAACUUAUUAGUUAAUUAAAUUAACUAUUGGUAAUUAAUUAUUUUGUUUGGUAUCAAACAAGGGAGAGAAUUUAUACUUGACAGAUGUGGUGGUAUAAUUUGAAUUAGUCCCCUUUACACUAUGUAGUUUUUUUAACUAGAUGAUUUUAUAAGCACUUCACUGACACUGUUGUUAUUGUACCUACUUGAGGAGGUUUGAGCCCUUAAGUUCAAUAUAUAUGAAAUGCAUUUAAAAAUUGAUCACCAUAACAUUUAGCCAGAUACCUCCCUCUUUCUACCCCUCCCCUCCUUUCCCAACUGGUCCAGACAAGUAAUUGGAUCAUAGCGCAUUGAGAAAGUUAAAAGCAUGAAAUUGCAAAACAAAAACAAUUGGUAAAAAUAUUUCUAAUCGCACAGAUUUAUUAUUGUUCGUCUAGAAGUAUUUCAAAUUAAUUAACUGACUGAUCCUAACUCAUUAAUACAAUUACACUUAAGCUUUUUUUUUUUAAAAAAAAAUAUUUUUCUUGUUUGUUUAUGGUUAGGGGGUUGGCUGAAUUGUAGAUAGUUAAGCGUCUUGAGAUUGAGAAUUGUGGUGAUCAGAAUUUCCAUUCUGGUUGAGAUCAACCAAGUUUUUUUUCUUACUGUUUGGGUUGGUGAGCAUCCAGGUUUAAUUUCAAUUCACAAACUUGACAUAAGAACAUUUAAGAUCAUAACAACUUUAAUCAGCCAUCUUGGCUACCAGAGUUGUGUCCCCUAUGCAUGGGCAGCACAACUCUUCCUACUCUAUACAGUAUCCCUAAAAGUGUGUGUGUGUGUGGGGGGGGGGUAAUAGACAAUAUUAUGUGGGUUACUGAAACAUAACAUUGCAUCAACACUGGUACUGGUAACUGACUUGGGUUGGUGAAUAUUCAGGUUUCACAUUGUCCUGGCCACAUAACACCUGUGUUGAAGUAGGAAACUUCAAUGUGCCUCAAGGUCUUAAAGGGAAUUUUUAUCUUAGAAUUAACUGUUUCCUUUUUGCUUUACCAUUGGAUUUGGGUAUCAUAAUAUAAAAUGUCCUUUUCUAGAAUGGCAUCAUUGUAAAGAAAAAAGUUCCAUUUCCAAACAGCUAUAACCAAAUUGCUUUUUAAUUAAUCCCAGAAAUCAAACAGGAAAAUAUAACUUUUAUUCCAAUCUGAUUCUUAUGAUUCCUUUUCAAUGGUAUACACCAUUCUAAACAUUCAUGUACAUUACUAAACUUUUUUUUUAGUCAAUGUUUCUCUGGAUCUCAAUGGUUAUUCUGUCCAUGAGUGUUUGAAACAUUUUAAUAUGUGGCUCUCAUAGAUGAGGUUGAACACUGUUUGUUUUGUUUUUUUUCAUUUUAUGUACAAGAACAUUUCAGUUUCACCAAGUAAAAAUCAAGAAAGUGAGGCAUACAUUUUUGUCUUAUGGCUGCUGUAGCUUAACAAUGUCAGAGUAGGUAAAGUUUAGUGUUGGAAAACUCUCCCCCCCCCCCCCCCCACAUUAGACUAAUUGAGACAUGGCUUGAGUUUUUAGAAUAGCUAACAGUACAUUAGAUUUAGAUCUAGAGAUUAGUACUUUCUAGUACUCAUGUUUGUACCUCCUUGCCAGUUUGUUUUGUAUUUUCCCUUUUUUCAGUUCUGUACUUAACUUUGUUGUAAACUUUGACUUCCACCUGCCUAUUGGGAGAUGUCACUCAGCUGCUGCUAACACAACCUAAGCUUGAAACUGUACAACUGCCAUUCUGAAGAAACACCCGGAACCUUUGUUCCCUUGAAAACAUUCCUUUUCAUUCUGAAGGCUCACUGUUUACCAGGGUACUAUCAAUUAGGUCAUGUGUGUCCAAAAAAAAUGUCCAAAACAGGAGUUGAUCCUGGGUUAGGCAUAAAGUACAAGUGCUAUAUUUUUUUUGCUUUCUGAAGUGUAUAUAUACUGAUGAAAUGGUCAAGACCAAUACUCGUUCACUACACUUCACCUUACAUUGGAAUUUAGAAAACGUACUAUUUCUUUUGUAUUCAAAUAUUCUUUUCCUAAAUAAUUUAUUAUGUCCUUAGAAUUUAGAAUCAAUAUUGUAAAUCUGUAACUUCAAUCUGUUAUAUGAAUUUCGCUGUAUUUUGACAUCAUUUUUUCUUAAUUGUACAUAAGUACUAUUUGACCAUAAUGCUAUUAAUUCUCUAUUUUGAUAUAUCUUUGUACAAAUAUUUUAGAAUGUGUAUAGGUCAUAAUGUAUAAUGUUAGAAAUAUUAGAUGAUUGUUGCCGUCCAUUUCUACACAAUACCAUAUGGUGCUAUACUCACAAGGUUUUAUUGGAAUUAUACUUUUGAACUCAUUAUAAUAAACUUGUCUACUGUAACUAUUGAA